AUGUCCAACAGCAGCUCCAUCAGGCACUUCCUCCUGCUGCAAUUGGCAGACACGCAGCAGCUGCAGCUCCUGCACUUCUGCCUCUUGCUGGGCAUCUCCCUGGCUGCCCUCCUGGGCAAUGGCCUCAUCAUCAGUGCCGUAGCCUGCAGCCACCAGCUGCACACACCCAUGUUCUUCUUCCUGCUCAACCUGGCCCUCACUGACCUGGGCUCCAUCUGCACCACUGUCCCCAAAGCCAUGCACAAUUCCCUCUGGGACACCAGGAACAUCUCCUUCAAAGGAUGUGUUGCACAGCUCUUUUUUUUUGUUUUCUGCGCGAAUACAGAGUAUUUUUUCCUGACCAUCAUGUGCUAUGACCGCUACGUGUCCAUCUGCAAACCCCUGCACUAUGAGACCCUCCUGGGCACCAGAGCUUGUGCCCACAUUGCAGCAGCUGCCUGGGCCAGUGGCUUUCUCUAUUCACUGAUGCACACAGCCAAUACAUUUUCCCUGCCCCUGUGCCAUGGCAAUACUCUGGACCAGUUCUUCUGUGAAAUCCCUCAGAUCCUCAAGCUCUCCUGCUCCAAGUCCUAUCUCAGGGAAGUGGGGCUUCUUGCUGUUAGUGCCUGUUUUGAAUUUGGCUGUUUUGUGUUCAUUGUUUUCUCCUAUGCGCAGAUCUUCAGGGCUGUGCUGAGGAUCCCAUCUGAGCAGGGACGGCACAAAGCCUUUUCCACCUGCCUUCCUCAUCUGGCUGUGGUCUCUUUGUUCUUCAGCACUGCAAUGUUUUCCUAUCUGAAGCCAGCCUCCAUCUCCUCCCCAUCCCUGGAUGUGGCAGUGACAGUUCUGUACUCAGUGGUGCCUCCAGCCCUUAACCCCCUCAUCUACAGCCUGAGGAACCAGGAGCUCAAGGCUGCAGUGGCGAGACUGAUG